AUGUCUGGAUGGAUCAUUCCUCAAAAAGCCUUCGUAUCACUGCUACAGUGUCCUGUGAUUGCUCUUUUGAGCAAUAGGUGUGAGAGAUAG